AUGGCAGCUGGAAAUGAGCAAAAGGUGAAGAAGAAGCAUCAUCAACCUUGUAUAUUGGAACAGAGUAAAACUGUAUUCAGCUCUUCUCAGUCUUGCGCCGGUGAGUUCUCGGAAACAACAAGUUUCAAGCUUCAUCUCGGAAACAACAAGUCUCGGAAACCUAUCUAUUCCUUUGAGAUAUUAGAUACAUUCACAUUGCUAAAUGAGGAUGAUGAUAUGGAUUUGAUGUUAGAAGAGGAAGAGAUCAUGUAUCAUAUGCUAGAAGAUGUUUAUGGAGUUACAAAUCUUCCUCCUCUUCCUCGGCAAAUACUCAGAACAAACAGAGGUGGAGGUUGGCGCCGUGUUCAGCGCCUCAUGUUUGAGAGUGACAAGCAAUGUUUUGACAUCUUUAGGAUGAAUCAAGUUCGAGUUUUGGAUGAGAGAUAUCAACGUUCAGUGGAUACGGUGGACAGAAAACUAGAUGAAGUUCUCUCUGUUCUAUUAAAGCUUGCUGCAGACAUCAUUAAGCCAUCAAGAGGAGAGUUUACUACUCCAAGUCCUGUUCUAGUAAACAAUGAUAGGUACAUGCCGUUUUUUGAAGACUGCAUUGGUGCUUUGAACGGAACACACUUACCUGUUCGUCCUCCGUCUGAUAAUCCGAAACCGUACAGAGGCAGGAAAGGAGAACCGACAAUCAAUGUUCUUGCAAUAUGCAAUCUGAAAAUGGGAUUCAUCUACUCAUACGUGGGAGUUCCUGGUAGAGCUCAUGACACAAAAGUUCUUACACAUUGUGCGACACAUGAUUCUUCCCUCAUCCACCAGAUGUUUUCUAGGGGAGGACCACCAACAAACUCUAGAGAACUGUUUAACCGGAGGCAUGCUAGUUUACGUUCUGUGAUUGAAAGAACAUUUGGUGUUUGGAAAGCGAAGUGGAGGGUUUUAGAUAGAAAACAUCCGAAGUAUGAGGUUAAAAAGUGGGUGAAGAUUGUGACAACAACUAUGGAACUUCACAGUUUUAUUCGAGAUUCAUCGUAUGAAGACCGUGAUUUCACUUAUUGGGAAACAGUAAAUGAGUAUGAACAUCAUGGUGACCAAGCAGUAGAAUAG